AUGCGUCUUUUUCAAUUUAUAUCAGAAAUCAAUCUGUUUGAGACAGAUGCGACCGAUAACAUUAGUAUUCGAAUUCAACGUUUAACUACUUGGUUUUUUAUUUCGACUUUUACCACAAGUUUACUGAUCGUGACUAUUUAUGCAUCAUUAUAUGCGGGAGAGGUACACAUUACAAUCCAAAAUCCAACUAUUGAUUUAUAUGCGGAAUUAGCAGCUAAAUAUUCAAUAGAAUGUGACUGUUCAGAAACAUCCAUUCCUCAUAAAGAAUUCAUUAGUCUUCAACCGAUUUAUCAUCAAGUUUGUUCGAGUGAUUUUGUUACGCAACGUUGGAUUGAUUAUCUAUGCCAUUCAACUGAACAUUCUUUCUAUUUUUAUGCUGAUUUUCGUUCAACCGCUGUGCAACAAUUUCAGCUAUUGGCUAUACUUUGUCAAUUAAGCAUUCAAGAAACUAAAGAUGGUCUUGAUUUGUUUCUUCAUACUGAAAUUAUUAGUGACAAACUAAUGAGUAAAGAUUUUCUUGUAGCUGAAACUCAAGCUCGUAUUGGCACAUUCAAAACAAAUGCACCUGAUGCAUUGCAUUAUAAACUAAUGUUCAUUCGUGAGAUGAUUGCAGGCAAUGCUCUCUUAUCGUCAACCCCAAAUAUUUUCCAAUUUAUGUUUCAAUAUCAUGAUUACGGAUACGGACCUGUUUGGAAGAUUAAUCAUGAAAAUGUUUUUCACCAAACUGACGGUAAUUUUUGUACUUGCAAGGAAUUUUUUACGUGUUAUUCACGCGCAGGAUUCUUUGGUGGUAGUCUUUUUAAUAGUGAUAAUUCGUUUGCUUAUUUAUAUAUUAUCGAUGGAUGGUAUACUGGAUGUCGACCAAUUGAUUCACUUCUUUCAUCAACAUUAAAAACUUUUUAUAAUUAA